GUGGCUGGGCCUGGCUGCCUGGGUCAGCGGCGCGCGCCGCCGCCCCCGCCCAGUCGGGCCUCGCAGCCCACUUCCAGCCACGCGGUGAAGUUUGCGGAAAGUUUUGCAGUUGCUUCCCCGCCCGCGCCAACCGGGGACCUGUGACGCAGCGUCUGGGGCUCCAGGCCCGGGCAGAGAGGAGAGGGAAGGCGAGGCGGGGACAGAGGAAAGAGGAGAGCGAGAAAAAGAGUGCACGCCGGGGCCCUUCUCGACCCCGCAGAUCCUCCUCUCCGCCUCCCCUUCCUCUCCCUCUCGGCGCGCUCUCUCUGGGCCCCGGCCGGUUGCCCGCUCCUCCUCCCCUUCCCCUCCCACGCUGCCCGCUUCCCUUCCCCUCUGCCCCUCAAACCCUCCUCCCCGGUCCUGCGCUCCUCCCUCCGCCCUCCCUCCGCCCGGCCUGCCUCCUUCCCUCCUCCUCCUCCUCCCCUCCUCUCCCCGGGAGGCAUCACUUCGUCCCGACCCGGAGGAAGACGCGAGCCCCUCGCGGGCGGUCACCGCAGCCCAGCGCCGGGGCUGCCACUGCGCGCCGCGCCCGUGCGCCCUCGGUCCCCGGGUCCCCAGAGCGCCACGCCGCGGGCAUGGGCCCCGGCCGGCGGGUCCCCGCGCCCUGGCCUCGUCACCUGCUGCGCUGCGUCCUGCUCCUCGGGGGUCUGCACCUCGGCUGCUCCCGGGCCGCCGCCGCCGCCGCCAGCGCCGCCGCCGCCGCCCUCCCGGAGCCCAGCGUCUUCCUCAUCUUCAGCCAUGGACUGCAGGGCUGCCUGGAGGCUCAAGGGGGCCAAGUCCGAGUCUCCCCAGCCUGCAACGCCAGUCUUCCUGCCCAGCGCUGGAAGUGGGUCUCCCGAAACCGGCUCUUCAACCUGGGCAGCAUGCAGUGCCUGGGCACAGGCUGGCCAGGCACCAACACCACCGCCUCCCUGGGCAUGUACGAAUGUGACCGGGAGGCGCUGAAUCUUCGCUGGCACUGUCGCACACUGGGUGACCAGCUGUCCCUGCUCCUGGGGGGCCGCACCAGCAACACAUCCAAGGCUGGCACCCCUGAGCGGGGCGAUCAGAGCCGAAGUGGCCAGUGGCGCAUCUAUGGCAGCGACGAAGAUCUGUGCGCUCGGCCCUAUUAUGAGGUCUACACCAUCCAGGGCAACUCCCACGGGAAGCCGUGCACCAUCCCCUUCAAGUAUGACAAUCAGUGGUUCCACGGCUGCACCAGCACCGGUCGCGAGGACGGGCACCUGUGGUGCGCCACCACCCAGGACUACGGCAAGGAUGAGCGCUGGGGCUUCUGCCCCAUCAAGAGUAACGACUGUGAGACCUUCUGGGACAAGGACCAGCUGACUGACAGCUGCUAUCAGUUUAACUUCCAGUCCACGCUGUCCUGGAGGGAGGCCUGGGCCAGUUGCGAGCAGCAGGGGGCGGAUCUGCUGAGCAUCACCGAGAUCCACGAGCAGACCUACAUCAAUGGGCUCCUCACUGGCUAUAGCUCCACACUGUGGAUUGGCCUUAAUGACCUGGACACCAGUGGAGGCUGGCAGUGGUCAGACAAUUCACCUCUCAAGUACCUCAACUGGGAGAGUGAUCAGCCGGACAACCCGAGCGAGGAGAACUGCGGAGUGAUCCGCACGGAGUCGUCGGGCGGCUGGCAGAACCGCGACUGCAGCAUCGCGCUGCCCUACGUCUGCAAGAAGAAGCCCAACGCCACCUCCGAGCCCCCGCCUCCUGAUGUGUGGGCCAAUGUGAAGGUGGAGUGUGAACCCAGCUGGCAGCCCUUCCAGGGCCACUGCUACCGCCUGCAGGCCGAGAAGCGCAGCUGGCAGGAGUCCAAGAAGAUGUGUCUGCGGGGUGGGGGCGACCUGCUCAGCAUCCACAGCAUGGCCGAGCUGGAGUUCAUCACCAAGCAGAUCAAGCAGGAGGUGGAGGAGCUGUGGAUUGGCCUCAAUGAUCUGAAACUGCAGAUGAAUUUUGAGUGGUCUGACGGGAGCCUCGUGAGCUUCACCCACUGGCACCCCUUUGAGCCCAACAACUUCCGGGACAGCCUGGAGGACUGUGUCACCAUCUGGGGGCCGGAGGGUCGUUGGAAUGACAGUCCCUGUAACCAGUCCCUACCAUCCAUCUGCAAGAAGGCAGGCCAGCUGAGCCCGGGGACGGCCGAGGAGGACCACGGCUGCCGGAAGGGUUGGACGUGGCACAGCCCAUCAUGCUACUGGCUGGGAGAAGACCAAGUAACCUACAGUGAGGCCCGGCGCCUGUGCACUGACCACGGCUCUCAGCUGGUCACCAUCACCAACAGGUUCGAGCAGGCCUUUGUCAGCAGCCUAAUCUACAACUGGGAUGGCGAGUACUUCUGGACGGCCCUGCAGGACCUCAACAGCACCGGCUCCUUCCGCUGGCUCAGCGGGGACGAGGUCAUGUACACACACUGGAACCGGGGCCAGCCCGGGUACAGCCGCGGGGGCUGCGUGGCCCUGGCCACGGGCAGCGCCAUGGGGCUGUGGGAGGUGAAGAACUGCACCUCGUUCCGGGCUCGCUACAUCUGCCGCCAGAGCCUGGGCACGCCGGUGACGCCGGAGCUGCCCGGGCCAGACCCCACGCCCAGCCUCACCGGCUCCUGCCCCCAAGGCUGGAGCUCAGACCCCAAACUCCGGCACUGCUACAAGGUGUUCAGCUCAGAGCGGCUGCAGGACAAGAAGAGCUGGGUCCAGGCCCAGGGGGCCUGCCGGGAGUUGGGGGCCCAGCUGCUGAGCCUGGCCAGCUACGAGGAGGAGCACUUUGUGGCCAACAUGCUCAACAAGAUCUUUGGUGAAUCAGAGCCCGAGAUCCACGAGCAGCACUGGUUCUGGAUUGGCCUGAACCAUCGAGACCCCGGAGCUGGACAGAGCUGGCGCUGGAGCGAUGGCCUUGGGUUCUCUUAUCACAACUUCGAUCGGAGCUGGCACGACGACGACGACAUCCGAGGCUGUGCAGUGCUCGACCUGGCCUCCCUGCAGUGGGUGGCCAUGCAGUGCGAGACGCAGCUGGACUGGAUCUGCAAGAUUCCUCGAGGUGCGGACGUUCGAGAGCCGGACGACGUCAGCCCGCAAGGACGAAUGGAAUGGCUGCGUUUCCAGGAGGCGGAGUACCAGUUCUUCGAGCACCAGUCCACGUGGGUUCAGGCGCAGCGCAUCUGCACGUGGUUCCAGGCGGAGCUGGCUUCUGUGCACAGCCAGGCGGAGCUAGACUUCCUGGGGCACAACCUGCAGAAGUUCUCUCGGGGCCAGGAGCAGCACUGGUGGAUCGGCCUGCACACCUCAGAGAACGAUGGCCGCUUCAGGUGGAUAGAUGGUUCCGUUAUAAACUUCAUCUCCUGGGCACCCGGCAAGCCUCGGCCCAUCGGCAAGGACAAGAAGUGCGUGUACAUGACGGCCAGCCAAGCAAACUGGGGGGACCAGAGGUGCCUGACAGCCUUGCCCUACAUCUGCAAGCGCAGCAACAGCACGGGAGAUCAGCAGCCCCCAGACCCGCCACCCACAGGAGGCUGCCCCUCUGGCUGGAGCCAGUUCCUCAACAAGUGUUUCCGAAUCCAGGGCCAGGACCCCCAGGACCGGGUGAAGUGGUCAGAGGCGCAGUUCGCCUGUGAACAGCAAGAGGCCCAACUGGUCACCAUUGCAAACCCCUUAGAGCAAGCAUACAUCACAGCCAGCCUGCCCAAUGUGACCUUUGACCUUUGGAUUGGCCUCCAUGCCUCUCAGAGGGACUUCCAGUGGGUGGAGCAGGAGCCUCUGCUGUACGCCAACUGGGCCCCUGGGGAGCCCUCUGGCCCUAGCCCUGCUCCCAGUGGCAACAUACCGACCAGCUGUGCCGUGGUCCUGCACAGCCCUUCAGCUCACUUCACUGGCCGCUGGGACGAUCGGAGCUGUACGGAGGAGACACAUGGCUUCAUCUGCCAGAAGGGCACUGACCCCUCCCUGAGCCCGUCCCCAGCAGCGUUGCCCCCUGCCCCGGGCGCCGAGCUCUCCUACCUCAACGGCACCUUCCGGCUGCUGCAGAAGCCGCUGCGCUGGCAUGACGCCCUCCUGCUGUGUGAGAGCCGCAACGCCAGCCUGGCCCACGUGCCCGACCCCUACACCCAGGCCUUCCUCACGCAGGCCGCCCGAGGGCUGCGCACGCCACUCUGGAUCGGGCUGGCCAGUGAGGAGGGCUCCCGGCGGUACUCCUGGGUCUCUGAGGAGCCGCUGGGCUACGUGAGCUGGCAGGACGGGGAGCCCCAGCACCUGGGGGGCUGCGCCUACGUGGAUGUGGAUGGGACCUGGCGCACCACCAGCUGUGACACCAAGCUGCAGGGCGCUAUGUGUGGCGUUAACGGGGGGCCCCCUCCUCCCCGAAGAAUAAGCUACCACGGCAGCUGUCCGCAGGGGCUGGCGGACUCGGCGUGGAUUCCCUUCCGGGAGCACUGCUACUCCUUCCACAUGGAGCUGCUGCUGGGCCACAAGGAGGCGCUGCAGCGCUGCCAGAGAGCGGGUGGGGCGGUCCUGUCCAUCCUGGAUGAGAUGGAGAAUGUGUUUGUCUGGGAGCAUCUGCAGAGCUCUGAGGGCCAGAGUCGGGGCGCCUGGCUGGGCAUGAACUUCAAUCCCAAAGGAGGCACCCUGGUCUGGCAGGACAACACGGCUGUGAACUACUCCAACUGGGGGCCCCCCGGCCUGGGCCCCAGCAUGCUGAGCCACAACAGCUGCUACUGGAUCCAGAGCAGCAGCGGGCUGUGGCGCCCGGGCGCCUGCACCAACAUCACCAUGGGCGUGGUCUGCAAGCUUCCUCGAGCUGAGGAGAGCAGCUUCUCCCCCUCAGCGGCCCUCCCGGAAAACCCGGCGGCCCUGGUGGUGGUGCUGAUGGCGGUGCUGCUGCUCCUGGCCCUGCUCACCGCGGCCCUGAUCCUCUACCGGCGGCGGCAGAGCGUCGAGCGCGGGGCCUUCGAGGGCGCCCGCUAUAGCCGCAGCUCCUCCGGGCCCGGCGAGGCCACCGAGAAGAACAUCCUGGUGUCCGACAUGGAGAUGAACGAGCAGCAGGAGUAGAGCCAAGGGCGGCGUGGGCAGGGCCGGGGCAGGAGGAGCUGGUCCGCCGGGCCCCCCACCAGCUGCAGUCCCGUUGGCCUAGGGAAGGGUGCCCUUGGGAGCUGCUGUUGGGAGCCGGGGCUGGCAGGGCCUGGGCUGGUGGGGUCCCUCCCUCGCACAAGGGCUGGGCUGAGACCUGGCUGAGUGCAGCGCGCUGUUUCCCUUUGGGGGGCCUAAGGUCUUGUCACCCGGCCUGUGCCCCAAUGGUAACCAGAGGCAGGACGCGAGCCUCUUUCUGCCUCUUUCUCCCCCCCCCCCCCCCCCCCCCCCCGCACCCAGGCCUGUGUCCUGUGCCCCAGAGCCCCGUUCUCACUGCUGAGUCUGAGGAGGGCCCCCCAAACCCUUAGCCAGCCUCUGUCGCUUCUCUUCUUCCCUGGCAGCCUCAGCUCUGAACCCCCACCCCACCUCUAACUCCCUUUCUCACCCAGCCCCUCCUUCUGAGCCAGGGCCCUGGGGUUUGGGGACCCCUCUUGCUCUUGGUGGGAGUCAGCUGAGAGGGCCAAGCAUUUGUCACUCCUGUGCCUGCUGGGGUGGCCGGGGGGUGUGGCAGGAGGGGCCCGGGCGGGGCCUGAGAACCUGGGCAUCUCUGUGGCGUGGUCAGCUGGGCUGGAGACAGGACUGGGGAGAGACACCCUGACCUCCUGGGGGUGACCGGCCUGGGUGGGGGUGUUGUCUCCUGCCGGUCGGGGGAGGGCUCUGUCCCUAGAGAGUCCCCUGUGGGGACCAAAAUAAGUUCCCUAAGGUUUCCAGCUCCUGGCUCUGGUUUGGAGAGAGAGGAGGGCUGUUGCCAGGGCCCUGGGGGCCUCAGAAGGGGGACCCCCGGGGGACUGUUCCAGGUGCCGCCCUCUAGUGGGGCCCAGGGGGACAGCGCCCUGGCCCCGGAUGCGGGGGAGCCCACCCCACCCAGGCCGGAAUCCCAGCAGGAAUCACCAGUCCUGGGGCCGCGGCGCAGGACGAUGUGAACACAGAUUCCAAGACGUGGUCCUUUUUUGUAGUUCUUAAUUUUUUUUAAUGUGCCAUUAUUGUUUUAAAAAAAAAGAAAAAAGAAAAGCAAACAAAUAAAACACCUUUAAGAGGCUUGAGAGAGAA